CUGCAAAUUGAUACUGCCGAGCUUGCUGGCCUCGCCGCGGAAGGCGUUCUCUUUGGCAUCUUUCUCUGCCUGUUCUGCGUGUGCGGGUACGACUUGGUCGACAGGCGGAAGCGGCUCAACACACAGCUGAGCUGGCCCAUGGUCCUCGCGGGCGUGCUACUCAUCAUCCUCGCCAUCGUCCGUUUCUUCGUCGACUGCAGCAACAUCUUCGUGGCGUUCAUCCGCCAUGACCCUCGCGAGGCACGGUUGGCGUACCUCGAGGAUGUGACGCAACCACUGUUCAUCACCAAGCACUGUAUCUUCAUCACCGCGCUCUUUAUCGGCGACUCGUUUGUGAACUAUCGGUGUUGGGUCGUCUGGGGCAAGAAGAUCUGGAUCGUCCUCCCUACCGUCAUACUCUCCUUUGUUAGCACAGGUUCUGGUGCUUACACCAUGUGGGCCUACGGUCAUCUCCCAAACCAGACGAUCCGAUCGGAGUCUGCCUGGCUGUCGGUCCUUUUCUCUCUCAGCCUCGUAACGAACGCGCUGGCAACGUCGCUGUUGGCGUACCGCAUCUGGUCGAUUGACCGCAAGGUCCAGGCCAGCGGCGCACGCAGCACAUCCCAGUCCCGGCUCAAUCCCGUUGUACGCAUUGUGAUGGAGAGUGGCCUCGCGAAUGCCGCGUACCUCUUCGUCUUCGUAAUGACACUCGAGUUCGGCUCGCAGGCACUGGAGAUCAUGUCCGAGAUGGCUGUACCGCUGACAGGCAUCAUCUUUUCGAUCGUUAUCCUGCGGGUCGGACACCAGCGCCACGGAGACUCGUUCUACGCUUCUCAGCCUGCCCCGAGCAACGUCGCAUGGCCUAGGGCAAAGUCGACCAUCGGGCCGGCGGGUGGGCGAACUGGUACAUCUGCAACGACCACUGCAGGCAACACCGGCUCGAUACCGAUGGAGAUCUUCGUCCAUAAUGCCACUUCCACGACGAAGGGGUACGAUGACGAUAGCAUCCAGCGGUUGGAGAGUCGAUCUCUUCCUGAUUUGCCUGCGGCGUUCUGAGUGGUCUUUGGGCGCGCUGUACUACUUUGGACUUUGCUCUAUCUUUAUUCUGUCUGACUCUCUCCGAUGUAA